UCACCGUUACCGACAUUGUGGGCGACAGUUCCCUACUCGUGACCCGAUUAUUCAACCAAACGCCUCGAAGAGAACUCUGAUCUGUGUGCCAGCUCAUUGCUUUCUUCAAUCUAAACACGGCAACAAUACAAUGGCUGCCCAGUCGAAAUCGGCCUCCAUCUCCCCCUGGGGCAAGGCAGUUGCUGGCGCUUCCGGUGCCGUGCUUGCCAAUGCUUUAGUCUACCCGCUUGACAUCGUCAAGACGCGCCUCCAGGUCCAAGUCAAGUCGCAACCCGGCGCAGUAGCGACUGACCCCUCCGAUCCCGUCGAACCCCAUUAUUCGUCUACCUGGGAUGCUCUGAGCAAGAUUGUUGCUGAGGAUGGUGCCAAGGGUCUUUAUGCCGGUAUGAGUGGCUCUCUUCUCGGCGUCGCGUCUACCAACUUUGCAUACUUCUACUGGUACUCCGUUGUGCGCGCCCUCUAUCUUCGUUCUGCCAAGACUUCGGCACCACCUUCGACACUCAUCGAGCUGAGUCUCGGCGCAAUCGCUGGCGCUGUAGCCCAGCUCUGUACAAUUCCCGUCGCCGUCAUCACGACGAGGCAACAAACCCAGCGCAAGACCGAGAGGAAAGGCUUUGUCGACACUGCGCGGGAAGUCAUCAAUGGAGAGGAUGGGCCAUUUGGGCUCUGGAGGGGUCUCAAGGCUAGCUUGGUGCUCGUUGUGAAUCCUGCAAUCACUUACGGAGCUUACGAGAGGCUAAAGGAAGUCAUCUUUCCUGGCAAGAAUAACCUCAAGCCCUGGGAAGCAUUCCUUCUCGGUGCUAUCUCCAAGUCACUUGCAACGAUUGCCACACAACCCCUGAUUGUAGCAAAGGUAGGUUUGCAGUCGAGACCACCGCCUGAAAGGAAGGGCAAGCCUUUCGGCAGCUUCAUCGAAGUCAUGAACUUCAUUUUGGAGCGAGAGGGCGUUUCUGGUCUAUUCAAGGGCAUGGGACCACAGAUUCUUAAGGGUCUUCUUGUCCAGGGCAUCCUCAUGAUGACAAAGGAACGCAUGGAGUUAUUGUUUGUCCUCUUCUUCCGCUACCUCAGGACGCUGAGGUCGAAGCGGCUGCAGGCCUUUGCACGGAGCCCCGAUGUUAUUCGUAGCGCGUCUGCCAUCAAACCUCUUUGAGAGAAGAGCGGCAAAAUGCGUACAUUUGGCUAAACAACGUCGUGAAGAAGCCAAGGGCGGUGAACCUUUCGACAUCGUGUAUAGCGAAGUGAGAUAAUCUCUGAUAGGGAGUAGACAGAGUCGUGGGCAAAGAUGUGGACUUAUCUGUAUCGUAACAAGCGUAGAACACGAGAGCACUGCAUGGGCACUACAUGAGGUUGGCGCAAGAGAGAUGGCAAUCGACAAUCUGAGAGAGCUAGGAUAGAGUAAACUAUACUUCAGUUCAUCA